AGUCCGCAUCGUUCACCAUUGCUGUCGGGGUACUGUUUCACUUGACUUCUUCGUUUUCCCCCCUUUCACAUAUUUUCACCUUUCCCAUAGCGUUCCUCGGCAAUGGAGGCGAACGUCCCCGGAGCAUUUCUGCAUGGCCUUGUAGGCAAGAAGGUGCUGGUGAAGAGCAAGUGGGGUCCCGUGUACGAGGGCAACUUGGUCAGCUGUGACACCUUCAUGAACCUUCAACUUCGCGAUGCGGUAGAGCAUGCCAAGCAAGACACGGAGCUGGGCGAGAUGCUUCUCCGCAACAACAACAUCCUUUACAUUCGUGAGGCUGCCACAGCGUAG